GGCGGGAGCUGAGGAGAUUCGCCAAUCGGUGAGGGCUCCGGUUGUCCCCAGCCCCGGGCCUGGGCAGCUGGGCACCCGGGCGCAGUUCCCCACCCGGUGCGGACUUCGGAACCCGCCGGAGGACUGACGGGCGCCGCCCCGCGAGCGCAUCUCCGCUGGACCCGGCGCCCCGCCGGUCCGUUCCCCGAGAGGAUGCGCGCCCUGGCGGCCCUGGACGCGCCCCCGAGCGAGCGGCUACUUCCCCGGGACCCCGAGGCGCCCCGCGACCCCGACGCCGCGCGGCCAGCGCGCAGGAGCGCAGUGGAGAGGCUGGCGGCCGAUCGCGCCAAGUACGUGCGGGGCCCUGGGGCGGGCCGGGGCGCAGCUUCCGAGGGCAUCGGCCCCGGAGCGGUCAAGUGCCUGGGAACCGACCCUGGGCCCCCGGCCCGCGCCCCUGCCCCGGUGGCGCGCAGGGCUAUUGCGCGGAAGCCGCUGAGACCCGACUCGCUGAUCAUCUACCGCCAGAAAUGCGAGUUCGUGCGAGGACCGGGCGCCGACGGCCGCAGGGCGAGCCUGGUGAAGAAGCUCUUCCAGGGGCCAGGCAAGGACAAGGCGCCGGUGCCCCCUGAGACUCCCCGUACGGGCGAGGAGGGCAAGGCCGCGAACCCGGAGACCGUCCCCACCAAGCCUGACCCCGCAGCGGCCCCCGCGCCCCCCGAGACCUCAGCCCCCUCCGCGCGCUCCGGCUCCGCGGCGCCCUCCAGGGCCCCGGCCGCGCCCCCUGGCCCAGAGCCGCGCGUGGUGAGGCGACGGGGGCUGCAGCGCUCGCAGUCGGACCUCAGCUCGCGCUACUCCGCCGCCCUGGAGUCUGACACCUUCUUCCAGUACUGCGGCCUGGACCCCGAGGUGGUGGAGGCCCUGGGCAGGGAGAACUUCACCGCGGGGUCGGACCGCGUGACCCUCAAGGUGCGCAGCGUGAGCGUAGCCACCUCCGGCAGCGGCUUCUCCCGGCACAGCGGCGGCGGCGACGACGGGCUGCAGGAGGAGGAGCUGGUGGAGCAGGUGCCCAGCACCACCUCGGUGGUCGAGAGGAACGCCCGCAUCAUCAAGUGGCUGUACACCUGCAGGAAGGCCAAGGAGAGCCCCGGCCAGGGGCUGCAGGGGCCGGCGUGACCGCCUGCGCGGGAGCGGAGCGGGGCCCAAGGAAGCAAACCUUUCCAAUGAUGAAGACUUC